UCCGUGAUCAAGAGGAUGCGUUGGAACGAUGAACGAAAGCAGCCUUCACAAACAUUCGUCAGAAGGGACGAGAGAAACGACGCACAGAUCAACAGUAAAUACAGCGAGGAACUGGCGCAGGAAUGUCUGGAAUGGAUCAAGACGAUCACUGGCGAAAACAUAAACACCAACGGGGACAUGGACAACUUUUAUGAAACCCUGAAGGACGGGAUCCUUCUUUGCCAAUUGGUGAACGACAUCAAGGAAGGCUCAGUAAAGAAAAUUAAUAAAACCAGCCUCGCUUUCAAGUGUAUGGAGAACAUAAACGCCUUCCUUGAGGCAGCGAGGGCACUGGGUGUCCCGGCUCAAGAAACUUUCCAGACUGUCGAUCUUUGGGAAAGACAAAAUCUCAACUCGGUUGUGAUUUGUCUACAAUCCCUCGGUAGAAAGGCGGGUAACUUUGGUAAACCUAGUAUCGGACCAAAAGAAGCAGAUAAGAAUAUACGUAACUUCACUGAAGAACAAUUAAGAGCUGGCCAGGGUGUGAUCAGUUUACAGUACGGCAGCAACAAGGGUGCUAACCAGAGUGGCAUCAACUUUGGAAACACUAGACAUAUGUAAAAAUGUUCAUCCUGUCAUUGAAAUAAUUCCACAAAUUCACUCGCCUCUCUUAUUUUAUUUUCACGAUACGUUAGACUUAUAGGCAAUGUUUGUCGUACAACAAUCUUUCUUGUCGUGGUCCAAAUUACACUAGACAGCGCACAAAAUACAUUGGCGUGCGUGAACAAUGUACCAGACGACUUUAUAUGCAUUUACAAUAGGAGGCAGUAUAGUACAUACAACAUACUUUACGAGUGUGUUAUAAGAUUUUAUGUAACGUUUCGGUGGAACGAGCAAUUUCGAUGUCAUCGAACUGCGCUCGCAUUCUAAAAUUAAAGUUAUAUAUCUUGGACAGUAAUGAGUAUACUGUUGAAUGAGUUAUGAAGAAAAAUGAAAAUGUGAUUUACUAUUUGAGAAGAAAUCAAUUUCUUUAAAAAUGUAGAAAUAUAGUUACAUUUCGCCACUAGUAAAGAUUGGACCGAGUGGCUCCGUAUUUGUUAAAUAUUUCAUAUAGAUUAUGAAACAGAGUUACUGUAAAAUCUCUUACAAGUUACAGUGUAACCAAAUUCUACUUAAAAAAUUCCUGUUGCAUGUAAGAUGAAAACUAUUAUAAUUAUUGUAUAAUGAUAAAUGAUAUAUAAUUAUAUUAAGUAUUUUGUACAAAUAUUUUUUGAUGAUUAUAAAAAUAAUUUUUCAUAAUGUAUUAAUGAUGAGUUAAUAAACCAACCCAAAAUGAAAUAAAUA